CGUGUGGGACUUUCUAUAUCGUCUUCCUCCAACAUCCCCUUUCACUCUCUAUUUCCCGUCUCUGUCACCGAGAAGCCAUGGCUUCUCUCUUCAGAGACCUCUCCUUAGGCCAAUCAUGGAGGGAGUCCACUCCUUCUCCGCCGCCAAAGCUCCAAAUCCAGCCCCCGCCGCCGAUAAUGUCCGUCAGGCCAGUCGCCGCCGAUCUAGAGUGCCCACUCGGCCAGCUCGCCUCCCACCUCACCGAUUCCGACCUCCGCUCCGCCGCCUACGAGAUCUUCCUCGCCCUCACCCGCACUUCCUCCGCCAAGCCCCUCUCCACCGCCGCCACCACCGACCCACCUAACCACCACCACAACCAUUUGCCUCACUCCCCCAGCUCCAGCUCCAACUCCAACUCGUCUCCGUCACUCCAGCGCUCACUUACUUCCGCCGCGGCCAGCAAGAUGAAGAAAGCUCUCGGAUUGAAAUCCCCAGGCUCCGGUUCCAAAAAGAGCCCCGGGUCUGGGUCUGGCUCUGGUCAGGGCAAGUCGAAGAAGCCAUUGACGGUCGGCGAGCUGAUGAAGAUUCAAAUGCGGGUACCGGAGGCUGACGAUUCGAGGGUUCGGAGAGCUCUUCUGAGGAUUUCCGCUGGUCAGGUUGGCCGGCGAAUCGAGACGGUGGUGCUACCGCUGGAGCUUCUGCAGCAGCUGAAAUCAUCCGAUUUCACCGAUCAUCAAGAAUUCGAGUCGUGGCAGAAGAGGACUCUCAAAGUUCUCGAGCUCGGGCUGCUCUCGCACCCUAGAGUCCCGCUCGACAAGUCAAACCCUACCUCCCAGCGGCUGCGGCAAAUCAUCAAUGCAGCUCUGAACAAGCAGAUGGAAACCGGGCGUAACAACGAGUCAAUGCAGAUUCUUCGCAGCGCGGUGACCUCUCUCGCUAGUAGAUCUGAUGGCUCAUCGGUUUUGGAAGUUGCCCAUUGGGCUGAUGGGAUUCCGUUAAACCUUCGUCUGUACGAAAUGCUGCUGGAAGCUUGCUUUGAUGUGCACGACGACACUUCCAUCAUUGAUGAAGUGGACGAGCUCAUGGAGUUUAUAAAGAAAACUUGGACUGUGCUUGGGAUUAAUCAAAUGCUCCAUAACUUGUGCUUUACGUGGGUUUUGUUUCAUCGGUUUGUCGCUACUGGCCAAGUGGAGACGGACUUGUUAGAUGCUGCUGAUGGGCAGCUGCUGGAAGUUGCCAAAGAUGCCAAGACGACAAAGGAUGCUGAGUAUUCCAAAGUUUUGAGCUCCACUUUGACUGCGAUCAUGGGUUGGGCUGAAAAAAGGCUGCUUGCUUAUCACGACACUUUCGACAGUCGAAAUUCCGUGACCAUGCAGAGCAUUGUAUCUCUCGGAGUGGCUGCUGCGAAAAUUUUGGUCGAGGAUAUAUCGAAUGAGUACCGGCGGAGGAGGAAGAACGAUGUUGAUGUUGCUCGUAGUAGGAUCGAUACUUACAUCAGGUCAUCCCUCCGUACCGCUUUUGCUCAGAGAAUGGAGAAGGCUGACUCAAGCAGGCGAGCAACCAAGAACCAGCCGAAUCCACUUCCUGUCCUUGCCAUCCUUGCCAAAGAUGUUGGUGAGCUAGCGGUUAAGGAAAAGCGAAUGUUUAGUCCAAUACUCAAGAGAUGGCACCCAUUUUCAGCAGGGUUGGCUGUAGCCACACUGCAUGCUUGCUAUGGAAAUGAGUUGAAACAAUUCAUUUCUGGGAUAACGGAACUGACACCAGAUGCCGUGCAAGUACUAAGGGCGGCAGAUAAGUUGGAGCAGGAUCUGGUGCAGAUUGCUGUAGAAGAUUCUGUGGAUAGUGAUGAUGGAGGGAAAGCUAUCAUUCGUGAGAUGCCUCCUUAUGAGGCUGAAGCUGCAAUUGCAAAUUUGGUGAAAGUAUGGAUUAAGUCGAGACUCGACAGAUUGAAGGAAUGGAUCGACAGAAGCUUACAACAAGAGGUUUGGAGCCCACAGGCAAGCCAAGAAGGGUUUGCUCCAUCAGGAGUGGAAGUGUUACGUUUGAUAGACGAAACACUGGACGCAUAUUUCCAGCUCCCAAUACCAAUGCAUCCAGCUUUGCUGCCUGACUUGAUGACAGGCCUGGAUAGAUGCCUUCAGUAUUACGCAACCAAGGCUAAAUCCGGCUGUGGAACCCGAAGCUCUUACCUCCCAACCAUGCCCGCCCUAACCAGAUGCGAAACCGGAUCCAAGUUCCAGUGGAAGAAGAAAGACAAGUCGUCAUCAACAACCACUAACGGUCAAAAGAGGUCAAGUUCCCAGGUCGCAACGACAAUGAACGGAAGCAAUGCCACCUCCGCGACACCUCAGCUAUGCGUCCGUAUCAAUACGCUCCACCGAAUUCGAUCCGAGCUGGACACAGUCGAGAAGCGAAUCAUUACACACCUCCGGAACUCCGAAUCAGCAGAAGCACAUGACUUCUCAAACGGGCUGGCCAAGAAGUUCGAGCUCGCACCCUCCGCCUGCGUUGAAGGAGUCCAGCAGCUCAGCGAGUCACUCGGCUACAAAGUCGUUUUCCACGACCUGAGUCACCUCCUAUUCGACGGGUUAUACAUCGGAGAGCCAUCGUCCUCAAGAAUCGAGCCUUGCCUCGAGGAGCUUGAGCGGAACCUGACGAUCAUCUCGGACAUUGUUAACGAGAAGGUUCGUACCCGGGUCAUUGCAGAUGUAAUGAGGGCAACGUUCGACGGGUUCUUGCUCGUGUUGCUCGCUGGUGGGCCCUCUCGCUGCUUCACUCGUCAGGACUCUGCGAUAAUCGAAGAGGACUUCAAGUCUCUGAAGGAUCUGUUUUGGGCCAAUGGAGAUGGCCUACCAGCAGAACUGGUAGAUAAGUUUGCAGCCACAGUGAGAGGUGUUCUGCCAUUGUUUAGGACCGAUACGGAGAGCUUGAUUGAGAGGUUUAGGAGGGAGACACUGGAGGCGUAUGGUUCAGCUGCGAGAUCGAGGCUUCCACUUCCUCCGACCUCUGGGCAGUGGGAUCCGACCGAACCAAACACCAUUCUUCGCGUGUUGUGUUAUCGGAAUGAUGAUGCUGCGUCGAAGUUUCUUAAGAAGACCUAUAACUUGCCAAAGAAGCUCUAGUUGGCUUCAAGUUGGGUUCUGGGAAAUGAUCGCCGGAGGUAUUGUACAGAACAUUGUCGGUCAAUCGAGGAAGGAGCUUGGUUAACAUAUUGAGACAAGGUUAAGGAUUUUGUUUAUGUUUUGGCAACAACGUAAUGAGAUUGUAAAAGACUAGGUCUAGAGGGUCGUCGGGACUUGAACAUACUGUCCUUUACGCACUAUUCUAAUGUGACCCGUGACUUGAACAAACCGUCCUUCGGACUAUGCACCAUUCUCAUGUAAAUCAAGUACUCAACAACACAAAACAAACACCUAACUUUCUUGUCUUUGGGACCCUGGGUUCUGGCUAUCUCUUUGAACAUACUCCAUAUGUGAAGCUCAGAUCCUGCAGGGGAUAUUACCUACGUUCCCUUCUCCACAUUCUAGAAAGCGCAUGCCAGUCAAUCACAAUUCUCCGAGGAUAGCACGCCCGAGAUUAGUAGCCAGUGAGUAUCGAACAUGGUUCAGAGCCUGGGUUGGCAACUCGGCCUCCACAAAGUCCGGGCGAAGUCUUGCUACUGACAACUCUUGUAGUUUAUUGAGCAAUAGAUUCGUCUGGCCAACAUUUAUA